GUCAUCUCAUCUGUGACACUGAUAUUUGUGAGAGCGUGUUGUUUGAAACCUUACAGGCCUAUACACACAAACACAGAAACGAAAUACCUAGCAGUUAUCAAGCGAGGUGUAGAUUUUUAGACGACAGCUCGCGCGUCGUUUCAAACGGACCGCCAGAGAGCAGCCGAGCGACGCGUUCCGUUUGUCCUCAAAACAUCAACGAAGAAGAGUCCGACUUGCGGUCAGCUGUCGUGUUGUCGAUGAACUGUGAAGAAACAUUUACACUCGAGAGAGACUGUCAAAUAUAUCUUUUAUGAAAACAAAAACCGUGUUUCUGUGUCGCAUGGACCGGAAAGUGUUAAUGUAAACAUUCUGCGCUGCCGUCAUCUAGCUAGCUAGCUUCCAUGAGGAAAACAGUUACAGGAAGAAGUGGCGGUGUUUUAAAAUCAGUAAGAAAUGAACAGAAAAAGAGCCCUGAUCGCAGACACCUUCUGUUUAACGAAGAGACGCAGGUGUGCAGCCGACAGCGUUACCGGAGACGGGCGAGCAGAUGGAUCAGCUGAUAUCAGGUCGAGCUUACAGUAUCUCAUGACGCUGUUUUCCCGCAAGCUCUUCAACGACAGCCUUCCGCCAGUUGUCCUAAAACACCAGCUCUACAGCUUACACGAUGACAAAACCUCGGUGGACAAGCAGGUGAAUGAGUUGAGGAGAACGAAGUUUCUGGCCAAGCUAACACCCGGCUGCUCCGACCUGAGCUUCAACAAGGAGAAGAUGCUUAAAGAGUUCCUCUUCGCAGACUCCGAGAUAACGCAGCUGGUGAAAUCGGGCGUCCUCACCGUGAGGGAUGCGGGCAGCUGGUGGCUUUCGAUCCCAAACUCCGGCAGAUUCAUUAAGUACUUUGUCAAGGGACGCAAAGCCGUUCUCGGCAUGGUCAAAGAAAUCAAAUGCGGUGAAGUCCUCAGGACUGAAUUGGAGGGACGUCGCACAACUUCACAGGUCAAAUUCCAGAUGAAGUAUCACGUUCACGAUAUAAUCGGAGCGGAGUUAGUGGAACGUGUACAGACCACAUCGGGGACAUUGUUACGAUACAUGGAAGGAAACGUCAACUAACCGCUCCUCUCACUCACUUUGAACUGUGGAAUGUAUUUAUUGCCAUAUUCUUUUGGUUAGAAACAGCAGAAUCAACUGUACAGUUUCUCGAAUAAACGUUUGCCACUUGA